AAUUGUUUCUGGGGUACCGAGAAGACAUCCGAAGGGACCGCAACAAAUUGAAGGGCCGAAACACUGCCCUGCACCGCCAGGACCACAAGAUUUACCGGAUAGAACUAGGAUUUGAUAUGGAAACGAUGCUGGAACGAGUCUGGAAUGGAAUCGGUCGCAAAUCCGUUGAUUUUUAAGCUCUGUAUUAGAAUAUGUCUGACUCGGAAGACGAUUGCAACGAAAAAAGGCUGAAUGUUGCGGUUUUAGGAGAGCAGAAUGUUGGAAAGACCAAUUUAAUUAAAAGAUUUUGUCAUGAUGACUUUUCGAGAAUCUAUGUGCCAACCAUCGGCGCCGACUUCUACAUAAAAAGAGUAACUCUAUCUAGAACCAAAGAUGUUAUUGUAAGAAUAGCUGAUGUAAGUGGAUUGGAAAUGAAUGGACACAUGGUAUCCACCUAUUUAUUUAAGACAAAUAUAAUCCUAUUGGUUUACGAUAUAACAAAUAUGGAAAGUUUCAAUUCACUUAAUGUAUGGCUGAAGAAAAUAAAUGAAAUAAUGAAUCGUUACACUGAAGAGGAAAAUCCAACAAUUGCAGUUAUGGGAAAUAAAUGCGAUUUGGAACACAAGAGAGCCAUGCGACUUCAUGUUAUCAACCAAUUUGCUCAGGAAAAUAAUUUGACAAAUUUUUCAGUAUCUGCAAAAACUGGAGAGAAGGUGAAUUCCUCCUUUAUAGAGCUUAUCGCAGCCUUUUUCAGUAUAGUGCUGAGUGAUUUGGAAAAAGAUAAAGAAAAAUCCAUAAUAAAGGCAGAAUUGAUAUCACGCACUCCCCAGCCAAUCAAGCAGGAUUCGAAGCGUGUUAGUGGAAAGAGAAAGCAAAGUAAAUUGAAGAAUGUAGUUACUAAACGCAAACUUAACAAUCAGUCGUGUACGAUCCAGUAAUAAAUUGUUUUUUAAUAUUUAA